AUUAAGCCGCGGCGCUGGCCGCUAAGGCGCAGAAAACCUACUCCUAAAUCCACUAGGGCCACGACCCAGAAAACCCUACCACUACCAGUGAAGUGAACCGCUGCGGCAGCCGGUAGCUCGCACUCCAGCCGGCGCUGAGGCGCAGAAACGGAGAAACCUUCAUCCAUUCAUUCUCCAUUUCUCCACCUUGAAUCCUGAUUCGGUGAUUCCAAUCCUGUUUCUUGAAAUUGUAUUUGUAAUUCGUUUUCCGGCCAUGCUUACUAGAGUAUUGGGUGUUUAGCCAGUCUUGGCUUCCAUUAGCAAAUCCCCCCACCUCACUUGAAAGAGUAGAUCGAGACGCUCUUGGGCAUUCCCUGUAGUAAAGGAAAAGAAGGGUAAAAGUAGGAAAGGAAAACGUCGCUAUGAAGAAACAUGAGGAGGAUAGCUUGGUCCGUUUUUCUUUGCGGAUUGAUCUGCGCGUGGAAGGACGGUUUAUCCGGUGAACGGAGCGGCCGGGCUUCCGUGGACGGUUUGUGGUGGGAUCCCGUUAUUUGCUAUUCUUUGAAGGCCCGUGGCGGCUAAAUUUCCCCACAAGAGCAACAGCUUGUAGCUCCACUCCUGCCUCCUGAGGGCCGAAACCCCAAGUGCCCAGUGACCUCUCUCUCUCUCUCUCUCUCUCUCUCUCUCUCUCUCUCUCUCAUGGAUGAACAAGAAGAAAAAAUGGAUGUAAAUCAGAACCCUACAGAAUCAACCGUCUGCGAACAAUGCAAAACGAAUCCAUCCAAGUACAAAUGCCCAGGUUGCUCCUUACGGACUUGUAGUCUUGCUUGUGUUAAAGCUCACAAACAACGCAGUGGUUGUACGGGCAAGAGACAGCAGACCCAGUUCGUUCCCCUAUCUCAAUUUGAUGAUAAUGUCCUCUUUUCUGAUUAUAAUUUACUUGAGGAUGUGAAGAGGAUCGCCGAAUCUGCUCAGAGAUGGAGAGUCAAAUUGUGUGGAACUUAUUUUAAGCCACCAUUCCAUCUCAGAAGCCUUCGGUCUGCUGCUGCAAGUCGAAGGACGAAGCUGCUCUUUCUCCCGAGGGGGAUGUCAAAGAGAGAGAAAAAUCAAUCUCACUACAACCAAAGCAAGAAAUUCAUCUCUUGGACAGUUGAGUGGCAUUUUCAUUCAACAGAUGUUGUUUUGCUUGACCAUGGAGUAAACGAGUACACAAGCCUCUUUUCUGUAAUUCAGAAUCAUCUAAAACCAGUCCCAUGGAAUCAUCGGCUUAGGCAAUUCUGUGAGGAGAAGCUGGACUCUCUCAAGUUUUUCAUUCGUAAAUAUCCAAAGGGUCCCAGAUCACCAUUUCAUGAAUUGAACAUAAUGGCCCCAUUAAGCCAACAAUUAGCUGAUGCUGUUAUAUUGGAGUACCCAGUUAUUCAUGUGCUUCUUCCUUCGCAAACCCAUGAUUUUGAAAUUCUUCAAGGGACCAAACCCCCUCUUGAUAAACCAGAGCGGAAGGUGUCUGCUGCCAAUCAUCAACCAAGUUCAGAAGGCAUUUUGUUCGUGGAAGAGGAAAUAGAGGAACUGGGCAGCUCAGUAGAUCUACAGGUUUUUGAUCUGAGGAAAUGUGUACAACUGGAUUCAAUAUUCCAAAUACGGGAUCGAGAUGAGGGAACUGAGGAGGAAACAAACCACUUAUUACAGUCUGAUAGGCAUUUUUUGGCUGGAGAGGCUCCGGAUAGAAAAUCCAUGGUUUUUGACAAUACAAGGAUUUAUGCAUCUAAAGACAUCAAGACACAUUCCAGUUCCAAGCUCACGGAACCUCGAGUUUUUCAAGACAUGGACUUUGUAUUUGAGCAAAGCUUGAUAGAUACAUACAGUUCCAAGCUCACGGAACCUCGAGUUUUUCAAGACAUGGACUUUGUAUUUGAGCAAAGCUUGAUAGAUACAUACUCGGAUCUCAUUUCUGAAGUUAAUCCUGACGACUUUCUUAAUUUGGAAGGUGGGGUUGAUAGGGAAGUGGGAGGAGCAGAGAAAAGCGGAGGUUCCUUGGCUUUUGGGAGCUACCCCAUGGAGGAACUAGAGGAAGGGGAGAUAGCUGAUUUCUGAAGAAUUGGUGUCAAACUGUUGUCUUUUCAUGCGGCAGCUGGAGUUUGUGCUCGAGAUCGUUUUGAGGUACAUGUAUAUGUCAUAUUGAGUAGGCAGUACUCUAUAUUAAAUGAUGUUUUAUGGUUGAGAAUGAGAAUGCAUCCUCUGUUUGGGUUCGAUGUGUUCUUGCCUUUUCGGUUAUUGGCAAUAUAUUCUUGAUGCUCAUGAGGGCAACCAAUCUCGGACUAUGGAGGUUCGAAGAAGUAAAGCCUUAUAACAGAUUUUACAAUGACAUCAGAAUUUGUAGCUUUAACUUCUUGGAGCAAAGAGGCAAAAUGACUUAGGAAUUUGCUAUUAGAAAUUACAUUUUAGCCAAAGCCUAUGCCACUUAUAUCUUUGCAUUGUGAUAGCAAGGCAACUUUGUCAUGGGCAUAUAGUAAUAUAUAUAAUGGUAAAUCUAGACAUAUUGGUCUAAGA